AUGUCGUGGGACUUGCUUCAGAGGUUCCUCGAGUCCGACGUCUUCAACUCCAACCCGUUUCUCCCCGUCUCAUACCUCUCCCGGUAUGCCGACCACGUGGGGAUUCACUAUGUUCUCUGCCAGAAGCUCCGCCAGUUUCCCUACGAGGAUAUUGAGUUCUUUCUGCCGCAAUUAUGCCACCUCAUAAUCAGCGUGCAUAAUGAGUCAAUGGCUUUGGAAGAGUUUUUGAUGGACUUGUGUGAAGAAUCCGUCACAGCAGCGCUGCUGACCUUCUGGCUCUUUCAAACAUAUCUUCACGAUCUCUCCUCGAAUCCGCAAUCCGACUCGUUUCAGACAUGUCGCCGUGUCUACAACAAGGUUCAGCACAUUGUCUUUGGACUUGCUGAUACCGCUCGUCAUGAAAAGAUCACGGAAAACGUCUUACCGGUCACGGUACUUUCUAGUUUUGUUCUUGCUAGUAUUGCGCUGCCCAUGUUCCCUCAAUGGGCUGGCCCUCUCGCAGUCGCCCAAGCUCGCAAACCUCAACCCAUCACCAAUGAAACGCAGGAACCGAAGGAGAACCCCAAGCCCACGAGGGCUCGCACAGUUACCGUCGGAAACUCGCGAUCGCGGCGUGCCCGAGAUAAUGGACGGACCUUUAGUGCACCAGAUCCUAAAGGGUCAAGAGACUCUUCGCCCAAGCCUGCGCGCAGUCCUCGACCGCCUUCGGUGAUUAUUCCGCCGCAAAGGUCUAAGACGCCAGCUGGGACGACUCGGCCAUCCGCUCUUGAGCUGAGAUCACUGGAAGCGAAGCUCAGCACGUCAUCUCUUCCACUGCCAUCAGCUCAACCUACUACCAGACCAACGACCCCAAACUCAGCAGGCAAUGCGCAACGCCCGGUCGAGAACGCAACCCGACGGCAUUCGCACCACGCAAAAGUAGUCCUUACUGUUAGCGACAUGUCGCCAGUGCAGAAGACGAGACUUUUGAGACAACAUUAUUUCAGGUCAGAAACACAAUUCUUGACGGCCCUGGAAGGCAUCUCGAACCGAUUAGUACUGGUCCCUAAACCCGCUCGAAUGAGCGCAUUGCGAGCCGAAUUGGCUUUAAUAUCACAGGAUUUACCUGCUGAGAUUGACAUUCCCGUCAUUUGCCCCCCAACUCUGGUUAAUGGAUCGCCUGGGAAGAGCCGCCAUCAUCGUAUCGUUCGUGUGAACCCUGCUGAAGCAACAGUGCUCAAUAGUGCCGAGAAGGUCCCUUAUCUGAUCAUGGUCGAGGUUUUGAGAGAUGACUUCUCUUUUGACCCUGACCAACCCGAAAAUGACCGACUCCUUAACAGCUUACUGGGAGGUAGCGCUCGCGCAAAGCGUAUAUUCGAUCUUUCUGACUCACCUCGCCUCUCCCCCACUGUAAAGGCGCCAGAGCCUCUUCUAGACAGUGUCUUUGAACCUGCUUCCGGCGAUCUGGGUAGUUCGCCACUUUUGAAGGGUAUAGAUGAGUCGCCAGUUAGAGUCUCUUCGAGACCAGCGCAGAACCAUACUGCUCAGCGUCUGCCAAGCGGAGCUACAACAUCUUCCUCGACAUUGGAUUUGACAACGCCGCGAUCAUCGGGCACAGGGACUUCGCGAUCUAACAGCCCAGGACCCGUUUCACGAAGAAUGACCAUGCCCAUUCAGCGAAGUGCACCAGCUGACCAGCCUGACUUCGGUGCCUUAGCCACGCACAUGCGAACUGCUUCUCAGAUGCUUGCACAGCUGGAAGCCACCAGCGGAAAGCGUCCAAAGCAGGAAGUAGCUGCUAUCAGAGCUAAGAUCAUCGCGAGCAUGCAGAGCCUUGAGGAGAAGAGCUUCGAUGUUGACGAGCAAGGCCCAACCUUCGACACAAUCAUGGCCAAAGCUAGCACAACGCCGAUCCCUGUACACAACCCUGACCUGGAGGAAGACGUGCAGAUCGACCCGAACCUGAACGCUAGUGCAGGGCGUGAGCGUAUGGAGAACGAUAUCAAGACUGGUGGUGUCCAACGGCGUGGAGAUCGUGAUGACCCUAGUGCGGCCGUCUUUGGUGAAGCCUGGGAAGCUAAGAAGGAACGAAUUCGCAAAUCAUCGCCUUAUGGUUGGAUGAAGAAUUGGGAUCUCGUCAGUGUCAUCGUCAAGACAGGAGCUGAUCUUCGACAAGAGGCAUUUGCUUGCCAGCUGAUCGAUGUGUGUCAUAAAAUUUGGGUUGAUGCCGGCACUGAUGUCUGGGUCAAACGUAUGCGAAUACUAGUGACUGGGGAGUCGUCGGGUCUGAUCGAAACCAUCACGAGUGGUGUGUCCCUCCACUCGCUGAAGCGAAGUCUAACGCUGGCCUCCGUUGAGUCUGGUCAGAACCCCCGUAACCGCAUUGCGACACUGAGAGACCAUUUUCUCAAAGCCUUUGGCAAACCUGAUAGCAAAGAGUUCCAGGCUGGUGUUGAUGCGUUCAAAAAAUCACUGGCGGCAUACAGUAUCAUCUCUUACGUCCUCCAACUCAAGGACAGACACAACGGUAAUGUCUUGGUGGACAGCGAGGGCCAUAUUAUCCAUAUCGACUUUGGCUUUAUGCUUUCCAACUCGCCUGGCUCAGUUGGGUUUGAGGCGGCGCCGUUCAAGUUAACGCAUGAGUAUGUCGAUGUUUUGGGUGGACCACUUUCUCCCGAUUUUGAAGACUACAAGAGACUUUGCAAGCAAGCAUUUCAAGGCAAGUUACACCAGAAAUACGAUGUUAUGAAUUCGAUGAUGGGACAUGAUUCCAGGAUGCCCUGCUUUGCAGUUGGCAUCGCUCAAGUGACGAAUACCCUUCGACAGAGGUUCCAGCUUCACCUGAGCGCCGAGGAAGCGGAACAUUUUGUCGAUGAUCUCGUUGCCAAAUCAUUUGGCAGUUACUACACUCGACUCUAUGACACAUUCCAAUAUCGUACUCAGGGUAUCUACUAG